CGCCAGCCAGCGCUACACUCUACGAACGACGUGUGACCAAGCAGGACGCCAACUGCGCGUACCGAACAGGGCCAGACCUAGCGACAGUAGCUCAGUGACAGGUGAAAGAGAUUUUCCCCCUGGCCUGACGCGGCUGUGUGCGUGUGUGUGACGGGUUUUGGGUGGAAUUGUUUGGUGCCGGAGUCAAGAUAUUACCGGACACCUGAGCUGUUGUAGCUGCUGGGAGUGUGCUUCAAGUGCUUCUCUGUGCGCCGGAGGGAACAACAACAACGUGCUUACUUGAGCACAGAAGCCUGAAGUGGGUUCUUCCUUCCUGAAGGCGUGUAGCAAGUGUGCGUGUGUGUAUGUGUGUGUUACGAAAUGCGAAUGUGAGCAGAGAAGCCUCCCAAACGUCACACCUCACUUCCGCUAUCACUAGCCCGCUCUGUGUGCGUAUUCGUUCGUAGGAAAACCAUUUCCAUUUUAUCAUCUUCGAGCCAGGGUUGGUGCGCCAUCACGAGUGCCAAAACACGACCAAUUGCUACCCUUGUCCGAGGUGUGAGAUUGUGGAAAAGCCCUUGAAGGUGCGUGUGUGCGUGUGUUUUAGUAAAGUGCAAAAAUUUUCCCUUCACCAGCGAGCCGUGUGAGCUUCCCUUGCUUGCCCCCCAGUGCGCGCGUGUCAUGUGAGAGGGUGUAAGAUAAGAGCGUAUAGGUGUAUGUGUGUUUGUGUGUGUGUGUGCAUUCGGAAAAUGCAAUCACAACGUCAAGCGUAACCGCAUCCUUUUCGGGAAGGGGACGAGCAGCGAGCGGAGCAUAUGGAAUGAUGCUGCCUGCAGGAGCCAUAGUAACGCGACGCCUGCCUGUUCGGCUACCAACUGACGGCGUCAAGGCAGUAGCAGGGCCGACCUGUCAAACUCGGAACGUUUAGUGUCGCCCUUGGAAGCCCCCCCUCCACACCGAUCAAAGUGCAGCAGCAGCCCCCCAAAACAUCGAAUGAUUGGCACCGCCGUUCUUGCACCGCCACUGUUUGCACGGAAACGGAAUACUGCUGGACCAUUGUGUAGUGUUAGGAGUCAACCGUAAGGAGGAGCAGCACCAUCAGCAGGUUAGACGUCUCGGAAGUGUAGUCAUCCUGCGGGUUAGAAGAAGAAGAAAAAAAACAGCCAUUUUGCCAAAAUGAGGAUGGACGUGUUUCGAUGGCUUCCCGGGGCGUGUGGCAGCCUUGGCCCGGCGCUAAUUCCACCGGCCCACAUCGCGGUGCUGUGGUACUUCUGGCAAAACUAUUCCCGGUUCGUGGACAAACGCUUCUGUUCCUGCUCCUGCUGGGAUACCGUGUUCAAGGGAACGUACGAGUCGGGCAUUGCGUCCUACAAGCACAUGUACUUCAACGCAACGCAAAACACGAUGAAGAUGUGGCUGCUGAUCGUGGUCGGUGUGAUCGCGCUGUACGAGUGCACCAAGCAUCUCGUCCAGCUGCUGCUCCAGUGCAAGGUGCGCUACACGAUGAUUGUGCUGUUUCUGCUGUCCAUCUUCUCGCACUACUACGCUUGGUGGGCGUAUCUGAACUACUACAACGACGAGUACUACCACCAGUGGAACCAUCAGCUCUUCUUUACCAUUACCGAGCUCAUAUCAACCAGUGUCGUGCUGCAUUUGGCGAACGUGGAAAAUCAAGUGACCGCCCGCAAAACGCUUAGCAUCGUCGGCAUCGCCCUGCUGCACAUUCUCGCGAGCGGUGUCGAUCAGUUCAUAUCAAACGUGUUUCGCGGCGAAGGUUAUCCCCAUCAGGUCGUGCGGGAUCUGGGCUUUAUGAUACCGGACGUGAUGCAUCUGUUGCUGCCGCUGUGGUUGCUGCGGCAAACGCGCCUGGAAAGCUUCAGCACACGCCCCUUCUACCGGGAUCGAAACCUGCGCCGCGAUGUGGUGCUGAUGUUCUUCUUCGUUACAGUAUUAUUCACCAUCUGUUCGUUCCUCUAGAAGGAGGAGCGCGAUGCACGGCGGGAGGUGUUGUAGACUGAGUGAGAGUUUCUUCCUCUCAUGCCCAUCCACUUACCACCACCACCACCAUCAUUUCAUCUCACCGUGAGCGUGCAUCAGCUUAGAGACACACCCGGACAGAUCGGACGUACGUACACAACACCUACUUAUCAACGAACCACCGUCCUCGAGAUAAGGAAACUUGAAGCCAAAUCAAAAAGCAAACAGUAGUAAUCAACCCUUCCCACUUUACUAAUAAUUUACCCUUUUUUCUGUCGGUAAA